CAGGCCUGGGUUGCCAUGGAUACUGUGUCCCUGGAGCAUCAGAUCCAGAGCGUGCAACGCCACAUCACCUUCCUGAAAAAGGAGCAGAUGGCCCUGCUGCGAGACCUGCACCUGGAAAUCCUGAGGCUGCAGAAACGCUGCUCAGAACUGACCCAUGACCUGGAGAUGAGAGAGGCUCAAUCUCACCAGCAAGAGGUGGCGUCCAGGGAGCUGGAGAGCAAGUGCCGCGCGCUGGAGUCGCAGCUGGCGGCGCGGGCCGCGGCCAACGCCGAGCUGCGGCAGGAGGUGGCGCAGCGCGAGGCGCUCGUGUCGGCGCUGCGCUGCAGCCUGCGUGCGGAGGAGCGCCGCUUCCUAGAGGAGCUGCGCCGCCGCAGCCAUCGCGCCACCGUGCUGGGCACCGAGCUGCAGAAGCACACCGAGGCGGCCGCCUACCUCUCCUGCCAGCUGCACGCGGCGCGCCAGAGACUGCAGGCUCCGCGCCCGGGCCCCGGAGCCGCCGCCGCCGCCGAACCCCGGCCCCGCCGGCGAGCACAGCGAUCCCGCCGCCCCCCUGCCGCCGAGGGCCCCGGCCGGGACUGGGCCGCCUGGGACCGCGCGGCCGGCGCCCUGGACGACGCAGACGCCAUGCCUGACCCCGCGCUCUUCCUCUGCGCCCGGAGGCCCCUGCGGCCCAGCGGCCGCAGCCCACGCCAGCCGCCUCCGCAGGAGCCCCUGGACCAAGGCGGCCCGCAGCCCGAGCCCGGCCGGAGCCCUCCCAGCGCGCCCGGGGACCCGGAGUAG